CUGACGUGUUCCCAGUUCCUCGAUUUUCAUAUGAUGUCGAGUACAGGCUAGAAGCUGGAAAUGCAAUCUAUGAAAACAGUGGAAAGUUCUUGAAAUUAACAAAAGGCCAAAAACAUGACAUUCUCGAAAAUAUGGCCAAGGCAAUGCACAGCUUUAAGGCUUACCCCAGCGACAAAGAAGUAGCUAAAGCUGCUGAUGCUCUUGUUUCUCAGCACCCCUGCCUCAGAGAACCAGGAAGUCAAUGUGGUUGGUAUGGCUGGAAGACAAGUUUAAAGUUUAAGAUGGGCAACUAUCGCUUAAAACUCAGCAGAUCUGGUUGUGAAGAGGUGGCUGUGAACUCAGGAAAGAGAAGCCAAAGUAACCAAGAGAGUGAGUGUCCUCACUCAAACAUCAAAAAAGCUCGUCGAGCUGAGGUAAACUACCUACCCAAUUUUCCAAAAGGAGAGAAUGCUGAAAGCUUGGAAAAACAAAGAUUGCAAAUAAUUGAGGAAGUGUCUAAGACCGAAAGAAACCAUGGGCUGAUAGAGAGACUCAUGCAAAGUACCUUUGCUCUGCGUCGCAAACAGAUAGUGGUUGAUAACCCAUCACAACCAGUGAAGUCAUUUUUGGAAAAGUGGCCUGCUCUUCGUUUGGAAUCUCAGAUUGCUGCAGAAUUCCACAGAAUUACUAAUAUCAGUUUGAAGAACAAGUUCUAUGCAGAGCUGGACAAACAUACCCUUCAAUUGUUGGCUGUUUACAGGCAGAAGGCCGCCCGCACUGGCAAGGCAGCAGAAGCACUGAGAAGAAUCUUUAGUGCCUAUGAUCGUCUGGAGCCAAACGAUAUUAACAACAGGCGUACAGCUGCACUUCGAGGCCUCCUGUGUACUUGCGUGAAGAUGACUCUUUGUUUUUCAAGAUGUGGAAUACUGAAGAGGUGGAUGAGCCAGACAUUGCAGAUUCAGCCGUAGCUCUUGUCAGCAUGGUGAAUGGCGACUCAAGUUCCACUGUUCAGUUUGACCCUGCUGGGUUUGCCAUUGCGCUGGAAGGUGACAUUGUUCUGAGGGACAUUUGCAGGUUGGCUGAUGCUUUUCUUUUGAUGUUUGGUUUGAUAUAUGCAUUACAUCUCGACUAUCCAAAAGAGCUGACCCACACCUUCAAC